AUGAUCGACAGACGCUCGGAGGAUCACUCUCGGUCGUCUUGCCCGUCGGUUCACCGCCGGUACCACCACCACCACCACCACCACCACCACCGGCGGCGGUCUCUUCGUCACCCCCCAGGAGCAUGUCGACCACGGAGAGGUGGCCGCGCGACGACGCCACGCUCAGAGGGGUCUCCAGCCGGGACGUGCGCGCGCCCGCGUCGGCCAGCGGCGCUCGGAGCAGGACCUCCAUCGUCAGGGCGUCCCCUCGCGCGGCGCACAGGUGGAGGGCCGUCCAGCCGUCCUCGGGGCGCGGGGUAUCCACCCUCGCCCCCCUAG